AUGAAAGCUCUCGUCCUCGAUGCAGAGCACAGGACCGCACAAGUUAAGACCAUUCCCAAGCCUGUCCCUCAGCGGAACGAGGUUCUGGAGUUGUUGAAUCCCUUGGUUCGUCUAUCUCAAACCGCAGGCGCAUUUGAGCCUGGCGCUCGCGUAGGUAGGUUCCUCCAAGGGGCUAGCAGUGUCAGUGACCGACCAGGCGCAUUCGCAGAGUACCUCGUAUGUCCAAGGGAUCUCGUCUGGAAAGUCCCCGAACAUGUGGGCCUGGAAACCGCUGCAGCAGUCAAUUUUUGUAGCUUGACAGCUGCACAGGCACUAUUCUACGGCCUAGGAACGAGAGCACCGUUCCAUCGCGAUGAACAAAACGAGCAGGGGUUGGCACAGACAGCCCAGGCAGCUCCGAAAAACAUAUCGGUUUUCGUCUAUGGAGCAUCAACAUCUGUGGGUCUAUAUGCCGCACAGCUUGUCAGGCGAGCGGCUGAGGCGAGCUGGGACAAGGUGCGAUUGAUUGGCAGUGCAAGUCGAAAGCAUUUUGAAAUGCUGAAGGCUGAACCCUACAGCUAUGAUGAUCUUGUAGACUACCGGACCAGGACUAGCCUGAGCAGGUUCGAGAAUUAA